CUGUGGUCCUGUGGCGUAUGGAGAACGAGCGUGUGUCCAUGAAUGCGGAAGUCGCGGUAUGAGCCGGCUUCCCUUGUCGGACACCCCCGGGAGGACACGUGUUCCGGGCGAGCGUUACGUGCGUUGGUGGGGGGAGCUGUACUUACGAAACCCGGAAGUGUGCCCGGUCUGGGCGCUCUGGCAGGAAGUUGGUGGCGGGACCCAAAUGUGGCAAGCAGGCUGGUAUGGGGGCCCCCCAACGUCCGGGCUGCUGGUGGCUGAGAGUAGUUGGGAUCUUCUGACCGGAAUCGGAAGUGGACGCCAAUAG